GAUAUCUACUAAAUACAAUUCAACCAUGUAAAUACUUUUAACGGCGUGGGAUGGCGAUUUAUGAAGUGUUUUCCGAAGCAGUUGUUAUUAGAUACAAAGCCACUGUUUGCUCAAAAUCUACUUUUUUCUGGGUUGUGUCAAAUAUAUUGACUUUCAUCAUACCGCUCCUAUUAAUAUGUUACACUCAAGAUUUCUGGAAAAAGACAGAUUAUUAUCGUGAACAGCCUCGUAUUGCUUUCAAACAUAAACUUCUUUUGGUGUUAGAAACAAAUGUUCCUGGAGAUAUUUUACUUUGGAGCACAUAUGAAGGAUUCAAUCAACUCAUCUCACACAAGCUUCGCAAGGUUGUUCCAACUAUUGAACAUGAAGAAAAAGACAUAAAUUGUGAUGGAAUCAAAGAUGAGCUUCAGUUGCAAAUGGAUGUGCCACUUUUAAAGCAAGAAAUUUUAUCAAUCAAGAUGAUCCUCAUCUUCGAUUUCAGACUUGAAACAUACUCAAAUUUCAGAAUGGAGUGUGCCUCAUUUAUACAUCACACCUCAUCUCUACCUGGUUCUUCAUUUCAUGUAAUAUCUGAUUUGCAUUUAAAUCAAAAAGAACCGCUUGUGCAUUCUGAGGAGGAUGAAAGGUAUAAUGUUCCAAUCAUUGAUGAUUCAAAGAGAGAUCUGGCAACUCUCCAGUUAGAACAUAUUCUUCUCAACUAUGCAAAACGUAAUGUUUCUACAACUCUGCAGAAUUUACAUGCUGUGUGGAAGACAGGAAGAUCUUCAAACCAAAACUUUAAAAUAAAAUUAGUAAUUAUCUAUCCUGAGCAAACAAUUUUAUACAAACCUUCAUUCUGGCAACAGCUGAAAUGGGCUCUAGUCCAGUAUAUUUCUUUCUUCGUCAUCGUGUCUUAUGCGUUCUACUACAUCAAGCGACACCUGUUUCGGACGCAAUUUCUCCCAACCUUAGUUCUAUCACCAGUCAAACGGAUGCCUUAGAAGUGUGCCAUAGACAUAUUUAAGAGAGCUUCCAACUGCCAACAGUCAUUUGUCAGCAAUCAACAGUCUUUUCCAAAUGAGCAUUUUAUUAUUU